AAGCUGGUGCUUUGCUGUGUCUCUCUCGAUCUCCAUUUGUCUCCUCUGGCACUGCAGGGGACUAGAAACGGGAAGAAGACUGAGAAAAGGGAGAGAGAGUAAGGGAGAAAUAUACAUCCAGAAAUAGCAUCAGCCACAUUUAACUGACAGAGAGUGACAGAGUGGAGAACCUGAGACCUGGACAGAAAAUGCCUAUCCUUUCUUACUUAACAACCGUUGUUUUGUUGCUGAUUGCUCACUGCGGAUCAUGGACCGGGGCAAACCGUUUGGGCCCCUUCAAGGUCUGUCCCUCCUGCAGGGAUCCACUGGGGGCAGGUCGGCCCCCCAGGGACCAUAAUGUUGCCGGCAGCACGUCAGUGUUGGCCCAGGGAGAGCCCUGUGGUGUGUACACCCUGAGCUGUGCCAAGGGGCUCCGCUGUGUUCCCCCACCAAGGGAGCACAGCCCCCUCCAGGCUCUGUUGCAGGGAAGGGGCAUUUGCGCCAAGCACAUCAGGACUAGUCCCACUGAGAGGCCCCACCCCACAGGUCCCCAUCCCUCACACAGUGGUGACAUUGAAAAAGCACCCUGCCGCAAGCUGCUCAAUAGUGUCCUGAGGGGUCUCGAGCUGACAAUCUUCCAGUCUGACCGUGACAUCUAUAUACCCAACUGUGACACCCGUGGCUUCUACAGGAAAAAGCAGUGCCGCUCCUCCAAGGGCAUGCAGCGUGGCCACUGCUGGUGCGUGGAUGAACUCGGCACGCCCGUGCCCUCACGUGCCAGCGAAGAUGGCACUUUACCAUGCGAUGGGGAGUGAGGCAUGAGCCUGUCCUAUUGCUCUGAGACUGGAGGAAGAGGAGAAGGUGGAGGAGGAGGAGGAGGUGGUGGUGGAGGAGCAGGAGAACAGGGAGAGGGGGUGGCUUUAGCAUGUGCUAGACACUGCCUGGACAGGAGGGUAGCAGGGAUAAACCACUUCCUAUGGAAAAUACACACCAGUUAACGUUCAUGUCCUCUCUAGAAGCAAGACACACACACUCUCACAGUCCAGCAGCAGCAACAAUAACAUCUGCCUGAAUGUUCAACAGUUGCAGCAACGUCCUCUGCGUCGUCUGGUGACAUGCUGCAUGCUCACAUUAAUGCUCUGUGAACUGCCUCAGUGAUCCAAGCGGUAUUACUCCGAAUGAUCUCUAUAUUCCCUGGCUCUUGUCCUGGCUUUCUGGUAGAUCUUUAUUUUACUUUUUACUUUAGGAUAGCUGACACUGCCUGUGUUUGUUCUGAUCUCAGUGGGCUGAAAUACUGUUACGCAGGUGAUGUGACACAAAUGUUUGAAAAAUGUGUCUCCCUCACCGUCCUCUCUCCCUCUCUCCAAAGAUACACUGAUAUCAACAUACCUAAUAGACAGAAUAUUUCUUUUCUAUUAAUUUAUUUUUGAGUAUGUGUUUCCAUCAAGUACUGCUCGAAUCUUACAGUAUCUUAUAUAUAUGUCAAGUCAGAAAAAAUAGUCUUACAAAUAUGAUCCUGGAUGCUUCUGUUCAUUUUAUUUGUCAAAAUGGCGUUCUGACUGCUUAUUAGUUGAUUGUUUGUACAUAUGUUGGAAUUUUGUGGUCGACUGUGUGUUCUGAAGUGGCAUACAAAAAGCUUACGGCUGUUACCCUUUUCAAAAAGUUGUAAGGCAUAUUUUUAUACACGUCAAUAUAAUAUUUUAUAUAUGAAUUGUUGGUUUAUUUAAUGAACUACAGUACAAUGCCAUGUAUUUUUAUAUUGUCAGCAGUUUCUUAUUUAAAGACAGAGAUUAUUUUAUUUCAUGUUAGGGGAAGUGUCGUGCUUUAAAGGCACCUUUAUGGCAAAACUCAUCACAUUCAUCAGAGCUCUAUUCAACUGCUGCACAUCUUAUGGUUAUAUCUCAUGUUUUUAAUUUCCUUUUUAUUUAUGCUUUGUUUAUUUGAGAGUUGAGAAUGUCCAUGUUACUAUUAUGUUUUAUUUCUGGCACAUCAUACGACCAAUUCUGAUUUCAGUAGAGGAAAAAAAAAGAUCAAAUUUGUUAUUGUUAUGUCUUUCCCAAGU